AGGCAAAGUGACCCAAAGCACAUCACCUGUCUUCUCAUUGGCCAAAACCCAACUGAUACCGUCUCGCCAUUGGUCAGCCAAAAGGGGAGAGACUUGGUGUCGGAAAAUCUCACUUUGCAAGUGUCGGUAACGCACGCAGUCGAAAAGUUGCUGCUGUGAGCGCGACCAGUUAAUCGGGUGGUUUCCUGCCAGCGCGAGUCAUCGACGUGCCAUCAUGGAGGGCGGGAGCAGCCUCGACCAGCUUUUCCGCGAUGACAUCAAGCCGUACGAGCGGAUUCGUUCUCGUCUCGCCUUGGCGUGGCGGUUUCUAUUGGCAGAUAACGUGCUAACGGCCACUUGAUUGACAUUGAUGCGCAGCCGCGACCUGCCACCGUGCGAUGUGGAGCACCUGGACGAGAUCCUGCUAGUGCUGAAGACGUCGCAUCCAACUGUGCGCUCCAAAGUGCUCAAGGACCUCACGGACAAGGUGACCGAUUUAUUAUUGGAGAACCGAAUGAGAACGUAGACUCAGUGUGUGUUCCCAACGAACAGGACGGCGCAUACAUUGUCAAGUUGCUGGAUCUGUUCGACGUGUGCGAGCUGGACGCCGACAAGACAGUGCUACACAAGCUAUUCGACAUUUUCUACGCCAUGCUGGAAAUGUGCAACCGCGGUGUGAUUGAAAUUUUGCUGAAUGAGACCAACUUCAUCUCGGUAGUCGGCGUAUUCGGCUACAACCCAGGGUUAAUCCGCGAGAUGGACUUUAGAACGGCUCUGGAAGGAGAUGGGGGAUUUCAAGAGGUACUGUGCGAUAACAAAGUGUGGCGUUUAGGCAGACGGAGCGGUCCAAGUUUAUUAUCGUUGACGUUAUUGGUUUGUUCAUGGACAGGUGAUCCCUAUCACAGAUCGGAGAGUAGUGGAACGAGUCCACAUGAACUUCCGUAUCCAAGUGAUUAAGGACAACGUGUUGUCACGCUCACUACCGGAUGGGUGUGUGCUCUUGCUGGAACACAUGGCCAACGAGAACAAUUUCCACAUCCUUUCGUUCAUUUCCGAGACUGAAGACUACUGGAAGUCCAUCAAAGACCUCGUAUCAAGCAGCGACAAAAGAGUGGAUGGCCUUGGACUACUGAAAGCGAUUAUCAGCAUGGCGCGGGUGACAAAGCCCUUGGACAGACCUCAGCGCCGCGAACCUUUCGGAGCUCGACCAGUGUUUGGCUCAUUUAUUGACGAUCUGUUCAGUGAUGGCGAGCUCUUUGCGGCGUUUGGUACCAUUCUGGGUUCUCCCGAUUCAAAGCCAAUGGAAGUCGCGCUAGCGGUGGACAUUCUGAACAUGCUAGUUGUCUACCAGGGGCCAGACAGGUUACGGUCGUACCUCGCAAGUGAAGGCAAAUGCAUACCUGCGCCGGCAUCGGAUAAAGAACGGAUCACGUGGACGCCAGACUCGUCUUUAUUCACUGCUCUGCUGGUUGUGUUCGAGCGAAACGAACCACUUCGAAUCCAGUUGUUUAAUUUGCUGAGGGAAAUCUUCCGCGUACCGCUUGGACAGGACGACAAGUUUUUGAGUGUGUUCUACCCUAACUACAUGCAUUGGCUGCUUCAACCGCUGAAGAACAACGCCUUUGUCCCCGAUGAGUCCGCCAUGUUUGAUCUACAAGACAGUAUCAUGGAACUACUCACGUUCUGCACAGAAAACCACGGGUAUCGUGUCAAGUAUCUAUUCGGAAGACAACCGAUUGCAACCUAUGCGGAGAAAAUGUUGCGCUCCACGAACAAGCUCUUCGUUAUUCAUGCCGUGAAGUUUGUUCGAGCGUGCGCAGUACGAGCUGAGGCAUUCUUUUCCAGGUUUUUGAUUCAGAACGAUCUGUUUACACCGAUGCUGGCAAAUCUGGAGAUCGGGAAACCGAAUACUGGUGCUGUUGGCUCGGUGAUCUUGGAAGUAUUGUCGUUUAUUGAAAAGACGAACUUGACGUCGUUGGUCGAGCACAUCUACACGAAGUUUUACGAGACGUAUAAAGCUGAAUGUCCAUUAGUGUUCGAGGCUAUUCGCACGCGCCAUGAUGGAAACACAGGGUCUGAGGACGUAGACAUGAGUUCUGCCGAUGCCAACAAGGUCCAGUUUGUACGGGCAGGUAGUAUCGACGACGAAGAGGAGCUGUACUUCGAGAAAGACACCGAAACGACAGAAUCUUCGCCUGAAUUUACCAAGAACGGACUGUCAGAGGAGGAGGUUCCUUGCCAAAAUCGCCCGCGAUCAAUAAAAUUGGUGGAUUACGAUGACGAUGACGACGAAUCCACUACAAAGAAGGAAAACAUCUCAACUGACUUGAUAUCUACAUCUCCACGAGGCGCUGACAUCGAGGAAGAAGAACGAGAACUUAAGCUCCCUGUGCGCAAGAAGAAAGAGGAUGAGGUGGAUACUCAGUCGUUCUUGGGAGGAAGCAACGUCCUCGCUCAGAAGAAAGCACAGCAGUCGUCUAAGAAAGCUCGAUCGCCCCAGUUCAAGAACGUAUUCCAGAAGAUAUCGUGGAAACUUGGCACACCCAACAGCAGUGAAAAUGGGAGCAGCUCUACUACGCCAGCAGCUGAGAAAAUUGGCGGCAAUAACAGUGACGGGAAGCAGGAUGAUAGCAAUAGUAAUAGUGUUGGAAGCGACGACGCGGCUGGUGUCGAUGGUGGAAAUGUGGAGUCAGCAGCAUUGGCCGCUGCCAAGCGGAAGUUGGCGCUGGAGGAAGUGACAAACUCCGAGUCUCUGCUCAAGAAGGCGAAGACGUGUACUCCGAUCAGCUCCAGCUAAUAUGGCACGAUAGUCCCACCAAUCUUGUACGAGUCACUUAUAAUCCAGCAGCGCGAACACGUAAAACAGCAGCAGCGCGGAAACAGAAAACGCGGAGAUCAGUAUUUGGAGCGCAGUCUGUAUUGCUAGAGCCCAAUCGAUAACGCAUAAAAAAAUGGCAACAUAGAGGGAUGAAAAAUCACGAGGAAGCUGUUGGACGUACCUCAAUCGCGAUGAUAAUGCACUUGGUGCAGCCAAAACGGAGCAAAACUGGUCAAAAUGGGUCCUUACUGGCGAGGAAAAAGCUGAUCCACGUCGAUUGGAGACGCGUUGGCGUCCAGAAGCGUCUUGCGGCAGAUCAUCGAGGUCGUCUUGUGUCGGAUCUGCUCCCGUUCCAGCUCCAGUCUUUCCCGGUCGGCUUGGACGUUCAAGAGGGCGAUCUCCUUGGCCAAUUUCUGGCGAAGUAGACGACUUGUUUCCUGGCCAGCAGUGUCUUGUCUCGCUCGUUUAUUGGACCCACCAACAGACAGAGUUUUCUGCAGUUGAACAAGCAGCGUCUCGGCGUGGAAUUUCACCAGCAUCUGCAGCAGUUGAGCGUCAUAAAUAUCGGACUGAGUCAAGCCUUCGAGGCGUCCGAUUUCGUCUUGGACCCGCUGGAGGAGGCCGUCAACCCCACGAGAAGCUUUGGAGUUGUUCGUGGUCUCUGCUCUGGAGCGUGGGAGGUGGAGGUUCACAAGCAACGAAGAAGUGGACGCAGCGCUCGUCUGGGUGGAAGUUUGAGGAGCUGAAGGCUUUCGCUUGUUCGACGGCUGCAAUUGCAGUUGCUUGUUGCUAGAAGCAUCGGAGGACGGGGUUUUAGUCGGAGAUGAACCCUCUGGGCGGCCAGUUGUCGAUGUAGUAUCCGUCAGUAGCCACAACUCCUCUGAAUUUUGCUCUGCAUGAGGCUUGGCAACAUUGGAGCUGGCAUUUGCUGCGGCACUGAAGGAAACAGCGCUGUUCACUGCGUCCUGACGCGUUUGGGAUUGCGUUUGCCGUUCGGAGCCCCUCUCCGAUCUCAGCAAUGGGAUCGGUUCAUACGCCGACACCUCCAUGCUCUCGACCGCGCACAUCAGCGAAGAACUGGGGUCGGUGAGGUCUUGCAGCAGCUGAUCACGUCCCUCUCCGGUGUCAUUACGCUGAGAAACAGCCAGAGCGGCACGAGCAUUGGCUGUUGACACAUCGGAGACCAUCGUCUUCUGCUUCUUCUUGGUCGGUUCUGCGCCUUUGGCCUUCCUCAAGACGCGGUAUAUGUAGUUGGCGCUGCGUUCCGUUUGCUGGGCAAUAUCCUUGACGGACACGCCACCUUUGCGCAUCUGCACGAUUCUCUCGCGCUCUGCGUCCGAAAGCCAAGCAGCUUUUGCCAUUUCUUUCUUCUCCUUGUCAGCCGUAGCUCUUUGAAUGCCAAGUGAUUUGUGGGUGGCAAAAAGAGAAAUGAACCACUUUGACUUCGUUUCCCUUUGCGAACGGUUUUCCCGCGCAAAUGCAAGAUUUCCUUUUGUUGAAGUUGCCUUUGCAGGUUUGAAACCUUCU